CCUGGAGGAGGGGCCGGCGGGCGCGGGCCGAGGAAGUUGGGCGGCCCGGCUCGAUGCCCCCGCCCCCGCCGCGUCCUGGAGGCUCCCAGCGCGUGCGAGGGACGGAGGUGGUGGCGGCGGGGUCCGGGUAGGUGAGGGGCGUGCGACGGCCCCUCUUCAGUCCCUGGGACGCAGCCUCGGACAGGCGGUCACUGACGUGUCUCAUAGAGACACACUCUUUCCCAGAGUGUCUUCCUGGGUCUUCAUGCAGCCAUGGAUCUGGACAAACCGUCUGUCUGGGGCUCAUUAAAACAGCGGACCAGGCCUUUGUUAAUCAACCUGAGCAAGAGGAAGGUGAAAAAGAACUCAAACAAACCCCUGGACUUAAGGGCCAGGCAUUGUCUGGACCGCCGCCUUAGCCUCUCUGUCCCUGACCUCCUGGAGGCCGAGGCCUUGGCCCCGGAGGGGCGGCCAUACUCCGGUCCCCAGUCAUCCUACACCUCGGUGCCCAGCAGCCUGUCAACUGCAGGGAUCUUCCCCAAAAGUAGUAGUAGCUCCUUGAAACAGUCUGAAGAAGAAUUGGAUUGGAGUCAGGAGGAAGCGGGCCACCACCAUGUUGUGGAAACGGACUCUGAGGAGACCUACGUCUCGCCCGCCGAGGACAGGAGGGCGUCCAGCAAUGGCAUCUUUGAUCUGUUCCAGAAAACCCCCCUUGGAGAGGAUGGACCAGAAGAGUCAGAGAAGCUCUGUGGAAGCACUGAUCUGAAUGCUUCUCUGACAUCUCAGCAUUUUGAAGAGCAAUCUACUCUCAGGGAAGCCGGUGAUGGCUUGAGUCACCUGCCCAGCCCCUUUGCCUACCUCCUCACCAUACACUUGAAGGAAGGCCGGAACCUGGUCAUCCGGGAUCGCUGCGGCACGAGUGAUCCUUAUGUGAAAUUUAAGCUGAAUGGGAAGACUCUGUACAAAAGUAAAGUCAUAUACAAGAACUUGAAUCCAGUUUGGGAUGAGAUAGUCGUAUUGCCAAUCCAAAGCCUUGAUCAAAAGCUCCGUGUAAAGGUGUAUGAUAGAGAUUUAACUACAUCUGAUUUCAUGGGUUCUGCAUUUGUCAUUCUGAGCGAUCUUGAACUUAACAGAACGACUGAACACAUUUUAAAAUUGGAAGAUCCAAACAGUUUAGAAGAUGACAUGGGAGUGAUUAUAUUAAAUCUGAACCUAGUAGUAAAACAGGGUGAUUUCAAGAGACAUCGUUGGUCAAAUCGGAAGCGGUUAAGUGCCAGCAAGUCCUCUUUGAUACGCAACCUACGGCUCUCAGAGUCCUUGAAAAAGAACCAACUCUGGAACGGGAUUAUAAGUAUAACUUUGUUGGAAGGAAAGAAUGUCUCAGGAGGAAGCAUGACAGAGAUGUUUGUCCAGUUAAAACUGGGAGAUCAGAGGUAUAAAAGUAAGACACUGUGUAAGAGUGCAAAUCCGCAGUGGCGGGAACAGUUUGACUUUCACUACUUCUCUGACAGGAUGGGCAUUUUGGACAUUGAAGUGUGGGGAAAGGACAGCAAAAAGCACGAGGAGCGUCUGGGCACGUGUAAAGUGGAUAUCUCAGCGCUCCCGCUCAAGCAAGCCAACUGCUUGGAGCUGCCCCUGGAGAGCUGCCCGGGGACUCUCCUGAUGCUCAUCACCCUCACGCCCUGUGCGGGAGUCUCAGUCUCAGAUCUGUGUGUGUGCCCCUUGGCAGACCCCAGCGAAAGGAAGCAGAUCGCCCAGCGAUUUUGCUUACAGAACUCCCUGAAAGAUAUGAAGGACGUCGGCCUUUUACAAGUGAAGGUUUUAAAGGCGGUAGAUCUCUUAGCAGCAGAUUUCUCAGGGAAGAGCGAUCCCUUUUGCUUGUUGGAGUUAGGAAAUGACCGGCUUCAGACACAUACCAUUUACAAAAACCUCAACCCUGAGUGGAACAAAGUUUUUACAUUUCCCAUUAAAGAUAUCCAUGAUGUUUUGGAAGUGACAGUGUUUGAUGAAGAUGGAGAUAAACCUCCCGAUUUUCUUGGAAAAGUUGCCAUUCCUUUGUUGUCUAUUCGAGAUGGACAAACAAACUGUUACGUAUUGAAGAAUAAAGAUUUAGAACAAGCUUUUAAAGGAGUUAUUUACUUGGAGAUGGACCUCAUAUAUAACCCGAUCAAAGCAAGUAUUCGGACCUUUACUCCCAGAGAAAAGCGCUUCAUUGAAGAUAGCCGCAAGCUGUCCAAAAAGAUCUUAUCAAGAGAUGUAGACCGUGUGAAAAGAAUCACCAUGGCAAUAUGGAAUACAAUACAGUUCCUUAAAAGCUGCUUCCAGUGGGAAUCCACAUGGAGAAGUACAGUAGCAUUCGUGGUGUUUUUAGUCACUGUCUGGAAUUUUGAACUGUACAUGAUCCCACUGGCAUUAUUGCUGCUCUUUGUCUACAAUUUCAUCAGACCCACGAAAGGGAAGGUUGGCAGCAUCCAGGAAAGCCAGGAGAGCACAGACGUAGAUGAGGAGGAAGAUGACGAUGACAAGCCCCCUCAUAUGAUACCAGAUGAGAAUCCUGCUGCAAGCCAAAGACACAUGCUGGAAUCUGAGAAAAAGGGCUUAAUUGAAAGAAUCUAUAUGGUACAGGAUAUUGUUUCAACCGUCCAGAACAUCUUGGAGGAAGUAGCUUCUUUUGGAGAAAGAAUUAAAAACACAUUUAACUGGACGGUCCCAUUCCUUUCAUUCCUGGCCUGUUUGAUACUGGCAGUGGCCACCAUCACUUUGUAUUUCAUUCCACUCCGGUACAUCAUUUUAAUCUGGGGCAUAAAUAAAUUUACGAAGAAGCUUCGAAAUCCCUAUGCCAUCGACAAUAAUGAGCUACUCGACUUCCUCUCCAGGGUACCAUCUGAUGUUCAAAAGGUGCAGUACGCGGAACUGAAGCCCUGCAGCAGCCAGAGCCCCCUUCGGAAGAAGCGCAGUGCGCUCUAGGACACACGCGACUUUGGCCGCCAGCACCCGAUUCCAUGUUGGGUUGAUUAGACCAGUGUCCCCUCUCGUUGCGUGGUAUCUGUGCUGUCGUUCUAAAACAUGUGCCGAGUGGAACCCUCUCUGUAUUCCCCCCUUCUUCACCUCACAGAUGCACACACGUGUGCACAUCCAUGUGCACGGGCAUCCUGGUUGCAUCUCGAGUCAACCCAGCAAAAAGAAACCAUCCGGAGACUGUGAAAGACUAGCAUCCCUUCUCAAAAGACUAACAUCUCUUCUCAAAUGGGAGAUAAAGCAAGGAAGGCUUCCCUGGGUCUGAGCAUCCUCCUUGAAAACAGCCAGGAGUCCACUUGGAUUCAAGCAUGACUUUGAACUUGUUUUCACACCUCUCGUUAAGAUUCAGUUAGUUCCAUGCCCCAGUGCACCCCCACCCCCGCUCCUUUCAGAUGACUCUUCACGAGUCAGUUUUUUUCUCUGAGUUCACAAGUCUUUGAUAGCCACCAUCUACCCAAAGAAUGUAUAUUAUAAAUAGAUUUUUUAAAAUAAUUACCAGGAUUAGCCCAGUUCUUUGGGGAUCUUUCAACUGAGACUACGAAAGACCUACGUGUAAAAUGUCAGUAAGCUGCUGGGUGCUGGAUGCCAGCCUACAUCGUUGUCCAUUGCUGGCAGUGGAUGCCCCAGGAAUGGCUCAAGGGAAUCGGCCAUCCAAAAAGUAAAGAUUUCAUGAAAGGAUUUGGUUGCCAUUACUUCUGACUUGACUUUUUGCUCUUUUCCCAAAUGAAAGAUCUCUGUUUGUAGUUUAAGAAAGAGGGGGAGGGGGAUGAAUGAAUGAAUUCUGAAAGUAUUUAAAAAAAGGGCUGAGGAGCAAGGGACUAAUGUAUGUGGCUGCUUAUCUGAUUGUCAUAAUGCCUUCAUUUGCUUGCAUUUUUAAGGAAGUAAAUCUGCUGUAGCAGUCCAAAUUGAUCUUUUGUUCCCGAGCAAAAUAAGCUACACAUAAUAAAAAUAUAUCUCAGAACCCCAUUCCUAUAAAAGUACCAUCCGGAAGUCCUCCUUUGAAUGUAUCUGAUUCCUAUAGACUUUAUCAUUUCACAGUUAUUCCCCCCCAAGUAAAAAAAAAAUGCCAAUUUUUGUGCAUAUAUAAAAUGUAUGCAAAUAUCUUUUUCAAAUAAUAUUUAAAUUGUAAAGACUUUUGUUGACACAUACUUUGUAUGUGCAGUUAUAUAUAUAUAUAUAUAUAUAUAUAAAAUAUAUAUUUGUGUGUGUGUAUUGUAAGGAAAAGUUGAGGUAAAGAGGUCUGAUUUAAUAGUUUUACUAUGUUUUUUUUCCCUUCUCAGUUGUAAUUUAAUAAUCUUCAAACAAAAUGUUUAUGAAAAAUGCCAAAGAUUCUAAACCUUAUCAUCCUGUGUCUGUUUUUCUUCAUAUUCUAUCUUCCUGGGUUGCUUUCUGGCUGAGCCAGAUUUCUGCAUGAUUUGAUUUACUUCAAGUUAAUGAAGCUGGCUGAAAAAGAACCUUGCAGAAAUUAUAAAAGCUCCAGUAAAUCUCUGAGUUGUACAUA